AUGCAUAAAACAAAUACAAUUGAGGUUAAACAUCCGAUUAAAUUAUUGACAAAUUUAUCACCUGACUUUUCAAUAACCCGAAAAUGUAGAAUUAAGCAAUCAAAAAACCAUAAUAAUAAAUCAGUACAGUCAAAACAUCAGUAUACAUUAACUACUGGAAGAAAAUGUGGAUGUAUACAAAGAGAUUUGGAGUACAACGAUUUUUUAAAACUGGAUAAUCAACGUCAGACAUCAAUACCGUAUAAUAUGCCAUAUAGUCAGCCUAUACAUGAGAAUGUGCCUGAUAUACUGGUGCCUGUUACCAGUCUCAGUAAUAAUUGUCAAUCGUGUGCGGUAUUAUAUGAUGAAGUCAACGUAUACACUAAACAUAAUGGUUCUUACUUUCGAAUAGAUGAACAGUUAGUGAAUAAAACAAAUCUACCUUAUCCAGAACAAUUUUAUAAAAAGUAUCAUUCUCUACAGAAUUUAGUGACUUCAAACAAACAGAAUAAUUCCACAGAACAGCAUAUACCUUUAUAUGGAUAUAGCCAGUCGUCAUUGGCUGCGCUUCAUUUACGUUUGAAUACUGAUGGUUUAAAACAGUUUUAUCAGUCGAAUUCAACACAUGUAGUAGUUUGUGAGUAUCCAGUUAACUUAUACAUUAGAUACAUGGGUAAAUAUACAAUACCAACUAUUGAUUUAAUUCAGAUAGAUGAUUUUUGGAAUCAUAUUGGCUGGGGUUAUUUAGUUGCUGUUGCAAACAGAAAUCCAGAAGUACCUAGUUCAUUUGAUUCAGUUGCUUUAAUAUUAUGUCAACCGAUCACAUUUAAACAAAUAUGGAAAGGUUAUGCUUUAUUACCGAAUAAAAUCAGAAAUUCGUAUAUAUCCACAACAUGCGGGCUAAAUUCUAAUAUUAUUGAACAUCAUGUAAGACAAAUUCACAAAAGUUUUACUGAUACAUUAAAUUACAGUCAUUGUAUUCUAAUGGAAUUGAGAGAUUCUAGUGAAACAAUGCAGUCGAAACAGCAAAAUGUUAAAUUUUCCUCCACUUUGAAGACAUUUUUCACGAAAUGCAAAGCAAAUCUUAUAAAAUCGUCUAAACGAGAUAGCUUAAAUGGGAGGCAGAGUUCUACCCGGCAAAAUAACACUGGGAAGAACAUAGUUUCUGAAUAUUGUGUAUGUAAAAUUGAGUCAAUGAAAUCCGGUAGAGAUCGUGAAAUUUACACGCAGUCAGUAGAAUUUUUUUCACAACUUGAUGAGUUAAUCGGUAAUGCAGUUGCAUUUCGUUUUCAACCAGAAUCAGUGAAGAAGAAAGAAAUUGUAGAGUAUAAAACUUCCACAAUGUUACAACAAAAUCCAAAGCUUAAAAGGCUUUAUAGUUUAUCAACAUCAUCUUUAUUCAUCAAUAAAAAUCAAAUAUCAUUACCUUCUCUAUUUAGACAUGUAUAUUCAAUCAGUAGGGAUGAUUUAAAUACUAUACGAACAGUUUACGGUUUUCAAGUAUAG